CCAUUACCUCGAACAAGCCCAAACCAAACCUUAAGAGAGUCGUACGCUACCCUAUUCUACUGAUUCGUUGCCAAAGGGAGAUCAUCACAUCAGUAAAUGGCGAAUCCUCCCUUAGUCUCCUAGGAUAACCCCCUUUUCCACCUGGUUUAUGAGAUGACUUUGUUACCCAAUCGCUGGUCCUUAUGCCAUAUGAGGACUCCUUAGUCAUCUAACAGUCUCUAUGCCUGCCUCUUUACCUAUAAAUUGGGAGCUUUCCUUUCCGCAAUACACACAACAUGACACUUUGUUCAUUUACACGAGUAUGCGCUUGAGAUCUAAAUUAGCUUCCUUACUACUCUCCCUCAAAAGAUACCUUUCCACUCGAGGACUUUCUGAGACAUUCGUUUUCAUCUCGAGGCUCAAUCGGUCUCUGCUUCGGCAUCGUCUCUCUCCCAUUGGCCUCGGGUUAGUUUACUGCUGACUGCUUAAGUGCGAAGCUAUAUUCUUGGACUCAUUUACUCUGUCCCUCUCAGGAUGGUUCUGUAUACCCUGUGAUACAUAUUUCUGUAAAAAUGCUGUUUUCAAGACUUUCUAGGAGAGCCUAUCUCUUGCCUUAUCUUAAAAGCUUACAAGUCAAGGCUCCUGCAUUCAGGUAUUUAAAUAAUAACUUAGUGUGUUCGAGUUCUAAUUUCAUCCGAGGUAAUAAUGGAUAUCAGAGGCAUUUUUGUUAUAAUGUAUGGAGAUCAAAGUUAACAAGUGAAUUCAGUACGAAUUCAUCUGAUAAGUGUCGUCAGUUUGCUUUGUUCUCUGCUAAAUACACCGGAAGGCCCUUUUGUUUGUUCAGAACUCAGCGUCACUAUGCUUCUAUAGUAUCUAUGGAACAGAAAUCAAAGAAGAUGCUUUAUUAUCUUACUGCAUUAGUCUUUGUAAUGGUUGGAUGUAGCUAUGCUGCUGUUCCUCUGUACAGGAGAUUUUGUCAAGCUACAGGUUAUGGGGGCACCGUCCAGCGUCGUGAGAGUGUUGAAGAAAAAAUUUCUCGGCAUGCUAAAGAUGGAACAGUCACUACAAGGGAGAUAGUGGUGCAGUUUAAUGCUGAUGUAGCUGAUGGAAUGCAAUGGAAAUUUAUUCCUACACAAAGAGAGGUAAGGGUUAAGCCCGGAGAAAGUGCCCUUGCAUUUUACACUGCUGAAAAUCGAAGUUCAACUCCAAUAACUGGUGUCUCUACUUACAACGUUACACCUAUGAAGGCUGCAGUUUAUUUCAACAAAAUACAAUGCUUUUGCUUUGAGGAGCAGCGUCUUCUUCCUGGAGAGCAAAUUGACAUGCCUGUGUUCUUUUACAUUGAUCCGGAGUUCGAAACAGAUCCCAGAAUGGAUGGUAUUAAUAACUUGAUUUUGUCUUAUACCUUCUUCAAGGUUUCUGAAGAAUAAAGAUUAUGAAAAGGUAUUAAAAAAAAUAUAUGUCACUGCAUUUGAACAAGAGUAAUAUUAUUGCAUCAUCAGUUCUUUGAUGUGUACAAGUUUCACACGAUUGAUUUUAAUAAAAGGGAUUUUCCCUAUGUUCUACGUUUUAAACUUA